AGACGCAAGGGAUACCAUUUCUGUCAGUUUCUCGAGCGCCUCGAUUCCGUGUCUUCUCUCUCGAUCCAGCGUCGAGCGAGGAAGAUGCGCUAUUGAAAUGUCCCCCACUAUUUUUUGCCCGCACCCCGACUUACGCCGCGCUACCACGAAACACGUACGUGCGCGGCUUCGCGUGUGUGUGGCAGCCGAGUGGAGAAACAUCAUUCUGCCGGUGCAUGUACAUACGUGUCUCGCGGAAGUGCAGAAGAGAUCAGGAAGCAGACAGAAACUUGAACAGUGAGACGAACAAUUUGCAUAAUGGGUAACAGAAUUAGUUAUAAAAUGAAAGCUGAGGACGAAACAAAGGCCGAUGAAGAAAAAAAUGAAAGAAAAACUGAGGAAGAAUUAAACGUCGUAGAAAAAAACAAAGCUGAUGAGGAAAUAAACGACGAUGAAGAAACGUUUUAUGACGCCGAAGAAAGAUCGAAUGAAAAAGAGAACUCUUUCAAAGAGGAAAAAGAAAAAAUUACCAGAGGUGGCACAAAGCGCGCCGAACGUGAUGACAAAUAUAAAUGGUCGGCAAGACGAAAAAUAAUUAAAAAAAAAGAAAGAAGAGAAAAAGGAGGAAAAGGAGUAAUAGGAUGGAGAGGAGGAAGAGGAGGAAGAGGAGGAAGACGAGGAAGAGGCGGAAGAGGAGGAAGAGGAGGAAGAGGAGGGGAAAGAAGGGGAGAAAAUGGAAGUGCUUUAGUAAAAAACUUUUAUACUUAUUAUUAUUAAAUAUUACAUAAAAGUAAGACAACAAAGAAUAUUUUUAUAAAAUAAUACUUAUAUAUAAAUAAAUAUACUUA